AUGGCCACCAUGAAAGUGAAGGAUAAAAAGUUGAAAGACAAAUUAACUGUUCGACGGUCAUUACUUUCAACACUCGAGACAGUGGAAGCCUUCAUGGAUAAUUACGAGGAAGAACGAGAUUUCCCACAAGUACCAGUGUGGCUGGAGAUACUCGACCAGGCUUUCCGGGACUGCUUGAAGGUUCAAUCCGAAAUUGAAAGGAUGGACAAUGGAGACGCCCCGUUAGUGAAGCAUCUCCAGGAACGCCACCAGUUCCAGAGUAGAUACUGUGCAACCAAGGGAUGGUUGAUGAACAGGCGAUUGCUGGACCUGAACUCAACCAUCAAUGUACACGAUGCAGCUCCAGCUCAACCUACUAGCUUCCACCUACGGUUGCCCAAAAUAGAUCUGCCGAAGUUUGACGGCGACUAUUCACGGUGGCUGGGAUUUCGUGACACCUUCAAAUCGAUGGUACAUGACGUCAAGGACAUUCCACUGGUAGCGAAGCUGCAGUUCCUGCUCCAGUCUUUAGAGGGUGAGGCACGUACGCCUUACGAGACGGUGGAUAUAGUGGCAGCCAAUUAUGUCAUCACCUGGGAAGCCCUCCUAAAGCGCUAUGAUAACAAGCGGUUUUUAACAAAACAGUUGUAUCGUACACUACACGAUCUCGCUCCAAUCCGGAAAGAAUCUGCACAGGAUCUUCAUCAUCUUGUAGACGAUUUUCAACGCCAUGUGAAGGCACUGGCGAAGCUUGGUGAGUUGGUGGAAACGUGGGACACUCCACUGAUUUGUAUGUUGUCCUAUAAAAUGGACCCUGCUACCCUCAGAGCCUGGGAGGAGUAUGCAGCAAAGUCGGAUAAUGUUGGGUACGAAGCAUGUAUCGAGUUUCUCUACCAGCGAAUUCGGAUUCUGCAAACAGUGUCAACAGAGAUCCAACAUCGUUCUCAAGCAGCACCAGCCAAGGUGGCCGGUCCCCAUUCCUUCAGCAAGAAGCUCCCCACUACGAAGGCGGUUGCCAACUCCGCUACCGCAAGUUCGCGUCCAAGUCCACCAUCCUGCAUUGCAUGCCCGGAGAAGCAUCUAUUGUUUCAGUGUUCAGCCUUUCAAAGAAUGACCGUUGAGCAGCGCCGCGAACUAAUUUCCCAGAAGCGACUUUGUUGGAACUGCUUCAAAUCGUCGCAUAUCGCACGGAGAUGCGACUCCAAGUACACCUGUCGUCAUUGUCACAAACGCCACCAUACGCUGUUGCACAAAUCCUCGAGCGACCCUGCAGCACAGUCAACACCCCAGUACCCGACACAACAAGCAAAUUCCCACGGAUCGGGUAUUUUGGUUCCCGAAGUAAGCGUUCCUGCUCAUAGCAGUUCCCCAUCAACUGUUUUCCUGUCCACUGUUUCGCUGUGGCUCGAGGAUCGAUUUGGAAGACAACAUUCUGCUCGAGCAUUAAUCGACUCUGGUUCGCAGUCGAACUUCAUCUCAAAGAAGCUGGCUCGUCGUUUCUGUCUACAGUCAGAUCGAGUACGUGUUCCCAUCGCUGGCAUCGGUGAAACAACAGUGACGGUUACCCAGUCUGUCAUCUCCACUAUCCACUCCAAGAACAACGAGUUUUCCAGCAAGUUAGAGUUCCUGGUUUUACCGAAUCCAACCUCUGAACUUCCCACGUCAAAUGUCGACAUAUCCAUGUGGAAAAUCCCGUCAAACUUCCCAUUAGCUGACCCUGCAUUCAACGUGUCGAGUCCUAUCGACCUGUUACUCGGAAUCGAACAAUUCCACGAAUACAUUAUGAGUGGUAGAAUAAUCCUCGGGAAAGGAUGUCCAGUACUAUUCGAGACUGUCUUCGGGUGGGCUGUAAUCGGUCGAUGCUACGGCACAACUCCACCAACUACUCCGGUUUGCCACAUCGCCACCACUCGAAAUCUGGAAUCUCUUUUGGAACGGUUCUGGGAGCUCGAAUCCUUGCAGUCCGACCGAAUCUAUUCUGCUAAGGAGAUCGCCUGCGAGGAGCUAUAUCAGGGUACUACGACUAGAAAAUCCGACGGGAGAUAUGUAGUGUCUCUUCCCAAAUCACAGGACCCUUACAUUCAACUCGGUGAAUCCCGUGCAAUCGCCGAAAGACGUCUACUAUGCUUGGAGCGAAAACUUGAACGUGAUGCAUCCGUAAAGGAAGCCUACCAUGAGUUCUUGGAAGAAUAUUCACGGCUAGGCCAUAUGCGACGGCUCGAGGAUCCGGUGGACAACUCCAUUUACCACUACUAUUUACCACACCACCCCGUAUUCAAAGCCAGCAGUACAACCACGAAAGUACGGGUCGUAUUUGAUGCGUCCUGCCGUACGUCGUCUGGUAGUUCCCUCAAUGAUUUUCUGCUUGUCGGGCCAAUCGUUCAAGAGGAUCUUCAGUCAAUUAAAUUGCGUUUCCGGACAAAACCAAUCGGUCUUGUGGCGGACAUUGAAAAAAUGUUCCGUCAGAUUGCAGUUUGUCGCAACGAUCAACCACUCCUCAGAAUACUUUUUCGACAGAAGCCAACGGAUCCAAUCUCCACGUACGAGCUUCAGACCGUUACCUACGGUACCUCUUCUGCGCCGUUUCUCUCCACACGUACUCUCGUACAGCUCGCUACAGAUGAAGGCGAGAAAUUUCCGAUGGCCAAAAAGGCCGUCCUCGAAGACUUUUACGUGGACGACCUCAUCAGCGGUGCAUCUACACCCGAAGAAGCCGUAGAACUCCGUCGACAGCUCAGUGCUAUGUUGCAAUCCGCCGGGUUUUCGUUGAGGAAAUGGGCCUCCAACAGUUCGGCAGUCCUAGCCGAAAUACCAUCGGAGGAAUUGGCAAUUCAGCCGGUUUACGAAUUCGCCGACGAGCAGUCGGUGUCUACACUCGGACUUAUAUGGGAACCGCAUUCCGAUACUUUGCGGUUUCGGAUCCAACUUACACCUCCUGCAGUCGAACUCACCCGACGGAAUGUACUGUCGUACAUUGCCAAGAUCUACGAUCCAUUGGGCCUUGCCGGUCCGGUAAUUUCAACAGCCAAGCAGUUUAUGCAGCGCUUGUGGGCAUUGAAGAACAACGAUGAGAAUUCCUACGCUUGGGACGAUCCACUUCCGACAAGGAUCCAAGAUGAAUGGAAAGCAUUUCAUUACCAAUUGAACUUGGUGAGCGAUGUUCGCAUCCCCCGAUUCGUUUCGGUGGCCGGUGCUACCAGCUUCGAAUUGCACUUCUUCUCAGACGCCUCCGAAAGGGCAUACGGUACAUGCGUGUACAUGCGUUCCGAAGAUCAACGCCAGAACGUUGUCGUCCACCUGCUUGCAGCAAAAUCAAGGGUCACGCCAUUGAAGACCCGCCAUUCCAUUGCCCGCUUGGAACUCUGUGCUGCAGUUCUCUCUACAGACCUGUUCCUGAAGGUAAUUGCCUCGCUUAAAUCUAACUUUCCUGUUUUCUUCUGGGUAGACUCCAUGACCGUGCUUCAAUGGCUGAAAGCAUCACCCAACAGAUGGAAAACUUUUGUGGGCAACCGAGUGUCCAAAAUUCAAAUUGCGACAGUUGGUCAUCCAUGGUACCACGUGCCAGGAAAGGACAAUCCGGCCGAUGAUAUAUCCCGUGGCCUCACUCCAGCCGAACUUCUUCACCAAGAGCGAUGGUGGACCGGGCCUGCUUGGCUCAAGCAGACCAAGAAACAUUGGCCAAGCCAACUCGUCGAUUCCGUGGCAUCCUCCAAGGCUGUCGUCGAAGAAUGUAAAGUGUGCCUGGCGGCACUCAUAUCUCCCACGGAUCAACUGUGCGAUUGGUUGUUCAACUGUUUCUCGUCGUAUACUAAGCUACGGAAGGCCGUGGCAUACUUCCUGCGGUACAUGGGUGUACUGCACGCAACAGCUGCCAAAAAAACAUCCUGA